GCAACAGCAGCAUCAGCAGGCUACUCUGCAACAGCAGCAUCAGCAGGCAACCCUGCAACAGCAGCAUCAGCAGGCUACUCUGCAACAGCAGCAUCAGCAGGCUACCCUGCAACAGCAGGCGCUGUACAUGCAGCCGCCUGCCUACCCUGCACAGCACAACGGCACUCCCUUUGGAGCAUUCGUGCAGCCCAAGGCAGCUGCUGCUGCUGCUGCUGCGAUCCCGUUUGCGCAGCCCAUCUCUGCGAUGGUCAACAACCCCUUCAUGGGCGGAACAAACGGCGGGCAGUUUCCCGGCAGCGCCGCAUCCACCAACCCCUUCCUGUAGUCGGGACAUCCGGUGUGUGGGCGUCAGAGAGCAACGGCACCGCAGUCCUCCCGCACCCUGACUCCAGAGCAACAUUCGCGGCAACUCCCGGGAACGUAAGGAAACAAAAGCACGCCCCCUCCGUGCUUCUGACCACACGACGGCAGACAGCCGCCUCUCCGUGCUGCUAACCACACAAGCAGCAGACAGCCGCCCCUCCGUGCUUCUGACCACACGGCAGCAGACAGCCGCCUCUCCGUGCUGCUAACCACACAGCAGCAGACAGGCGCCCCUCCGUGUUUCUGACCACAUGGCGGCAGACAGCCGCCUCUCCGUGCUGCUAACCACACGGCAGCAGACAGCCGCCCCUCCGUGCUUCUGACCACAUGGCGGCAGACAGCUGUCCCUUCUUGCGCCCCCCGGUCAUCUGGAUCACCAAGGCUUCUUCAUCUCGGAAGCACCCAAGUUUCGUAAAAGAUGGCCGUUGCCGACACAGCCCCGAAGAUGCUGGCGCUGUACGAGCGGGGAGAGGGGGAGCUCACGUACCGCAUCCCUGCCCUCCUCUACCUGCCCCAAGACCGCGCCGCGCUGGCCUUCGCCGAGAAACGCUCCUCGCUCAAGGACGAGCACGCCAAGCACCUGGUGGUGCGCAGGGUGAAGCUGGCGGACGAAGCCGGAGUCCUCAAGGUUGCCGACGUGGGGAAGAUACAGGAGCUGGCUGCGGCCUCGAUUCCCGGCCACCGUUCCAUGAACCCAUGCCCCGUGCUCGUGGAGAAGAAAUUGUUUCUAUUUUUCAUUGCGGUGCCAACCGGUCUGUCGGAGGGAGAGCAGCUAAAGACAGGGCGGAACGCGGCGAGGCUGGCCUACGUCUGCAGCACCGACCGCGGCGUCACCUGGGGCGCCGCCGUCGAUCUGACCGACGCGGUUCUGGGGCCGCACGUGGGCCGCUGGGCCACGUUCGCACUGGGCCCCGGCCACGGCCUCCACCUGCCGGCCAGAACGGGCAGCUGCACCAACUUCGGGCGGAUUCUCAUCCCCGCUCAUGCCUACUUCAAAGAUGAGUUGCCCAAGAGUGACUCCUGUCCUCAUUCAUUCACCAUUUACAGCGAUGAUGCGGGUAGCACUUGGAAAGUCGGGGAUGCGGUAAGGGGGCGUGUUAACACCGGGGAGUGUCAGGUUGCGAUGGUUUCCGGCGAGGAUGGACGGCCCGUCGUGAUUUGCAACAGCCGCACGCUGGGGCACGAGUUCCGUGUCCAGGCCAUUAGCGACGACCUGGGGAAGUCCUUCAGAGAGGGCACGGUUGUGCCCAGGCUGGUGGAAGCCGCUCAAGAUUGGAACGGCUGCCACGGAAGCAUUUUCAGCUUCUUGCCCGAGCUGAAGGGCGACACGACGCCCAAGCACUGGCUCCUCUAUUCCCACCCGUCCAAACCCAAGAAGCGUCUGGAUUUGGGCGUCUACCUCAACAAGGCGCCCAUGGCCUUGGAAAAUUGGAGCGAUCCUUGGGUGAUUUUCAAAGGCCCCAGCGGGUACUCAGACCUGGCCGGUUUUGGCAAGACGGAGGGGGGGGGCCUGUGGUUCGGGUGCCUUUACGAGGGUGGGGAAAAAGAUUCUCGAGACAAAAUUAACUUUUGUAUCUUCUCAUUGGCUGACGUUGAGAAGUACACAGGAGUGAAACCUAAAUAAAUAUGCAUUCCUGGCAAGGUUUAAGGCAUUGGCAUUUCGGGCCACCUUCAAUCAUAUUUGUACAGUUGAAAAUUAAUAAACAAUAUCAAUACUUUACAAUUUCCCCAAGCCGUGUUAGAGAACGUCCUCUGGAAGUGGAUGUCACGUAACUACUUCUGAGGUCGCCUCUUAUCCACACCAACAAGUGUCACCUCCUCACAUGCUGUGCAAUAGCAAUGUCAGUAACAACAACAUUUAUUUUAAUCCUUAAUAAUCCUCAUAGUUGGAGUAUGCCAAUGUGAGCAAAAUUAUUCUUGCCAUUAUUGUUUUGUGUAAUCGUGAGACCAUCAACCCUUGAGAACCUGGUUUAAACCACCGAUGGCUGAAGCUUGGAUUCAAACCCAGGACCUCGGUGGUCACAGCGCAGUGCUGUUGCUUAGUUUUAGCCCCUCUCCCCCUUGCUAUGUUAACCUUUGCUUAAAAUUUUUUUUUUCAAUAUUUUAGUUGCAUGUAAACUAUACCGUAUCCGCAUAUAUGACGAGAUUCCAUCUGAAAGUGUUGCGUUGGUAUAGCACGUCCUGCUUGAUAUUUGUUCAUUAAACUUCUUUUAAACCUU